ACAAUAUUAAUACUAAAUUAUUCAACCAACCAAAAAAUAUAAUAAAUAAAAAUUAAAGAAAGAAGCUUCUUGUUUCUUCAUGAUUUCAUCAAUCCUCAUGAAAUGUCCUUCUCUAUAUUUCUAUCCCCUUCGAAUUCUUCAAAAGUGUUGUGAUAUUCAUCUUUCUCUCUGUCUUAAAUGCAGCAACUUCGGCGCAAGAACUCGCUUUCGAGCUCUGAAACAAUGAAAGCAAGAAAAAGCGGAAGCAAUAAUAAUCUCUCCGUGUUGAUGAUAGUGUUCUCCAUAUUCGUUUUCGGCGUCUUCUUCAUGUUCAGCGAGGACCUUAAGUCACUCGCUGAAUUCUCCUUCUUCAAGCCUCAACAACUCCAACAAGGUUCCAAUGACAAUAAUAAUGUCACAGAAACUGUUAAUAGAGCUCAGCUUCAGCUUGAGAAGAAGAACGAGAAGGAGAAGAUUGAAUUGCCUGUUAUUAUGGUAGAAAAGAAAGAUGAUGAAGAAGAAGAAGAAGAAGAAACGGUUGAGUUGCCUCCAAAAGAUUGUGACUUGUUCACAGGUGAGUGGGUUUUCGAUAACGUGAGUCACCCUUUGUACAAAGAAGAACAAUGCGAGUUUCUCACGCAACAAGUUACCUGCAUCAAGAACGGAAGACCUGAUUCCAUGUAUCAGAGUUGGAGAUGGCAACCCAGAGAUUGCUCUUUGCCCAAGUUUAAGGCGAGAGUUUUGCUUGAGAAGCUUAGAGGGAAGAGGCUGAUGUUUGUUGGAGACUCAUUGAAUAGGAACCAGUGGGAAUCAAUGAUUUGUUUGGUCCAGUCUGCUGUUCCUCAUGGCAAAAAGACCUUGAACAAGACUGGCUCCAUUUCUGUCUUCAAACUCCAGGAUUAUAAUGCAACGGUGGAGUUCUACUGGGCACCGUUCAUUGUAGAGUCAAACUCAGAUGAUCCAAAGAUGCAUAGCAUAUUGAACCGAAUCAUCAUGCCUGAAUCAAUUGAGAAGCAUGGUGCCAAUUGGAAGAAUGUGGACUACCUUGUUUUUAACACUUACAUAUGGUGGAUGAACACACCAACUAUGAAAGUCUUACGAGGGUCGUUUGAUGAAGGGUCAACGGAGUAUGAUGAAGUUGCAAGGCCAAUUGCAUAUAGAAGAGUCUUAAAGACAUGGUCAAAAUGGGUGGAGGACAACAUUGAUCCAAAUCGAACCAAAGUUUUCUUCAACAGCAUGUCCCCUCUUCACAUAAGGAGUGGUGAUUGGAACAACCCAGAUGGCACAAAAUGUGCUAAAGAAACAACACCAAUUCUCAACACAUCAAACCCACAAGUUGGAACCGAUCGAAGGCUUUUUGUGAUUGCGAACAAUGUAACACAAUCUAUGAAGGUGCCAGUGAACUUCAUUAACAUAACAACAUUAUCUGAGUUCAGAAAAGAUGCACAUACAUCAAUUUACACCAUACGCCAAGGAAAGUUGUUAACUGCAGAGCAACAAGCUAACCCUGCCACUUUUGCUGAUUGUAUUCAUUGGUGCCUGCCCGGCCUGCCCGACACGUGGAACGAGUUCCUUUACACGCGUAUUAUCUCGAUAUCUUGACAUACAACAAAUCAACAUCCAAAUUCACCCACUAAAAAGAAUCCUCUAAAGUUAAAAAAUAAAUAAAGCAAAAAAGAAAGAGUUCAAUCAUCGUUAAUUUUAACUGAUGAUUACACUUAUUUUUUUGACUUGAAUGUGAUUCAAAUGCGACCGUUAAGUAAUCGGUCAAUCGGACAAAGAUUUGGAUGUUUUAAAAAUAUUUUCUUUUACAAUGUAUAGAUAUUUUCAAAGUUUUUUUUUUUCCCACAUAAUUGUUAUUAAUGCUCUGCUUUCACACACAUCCAAAAACAAAACUGAAAAAAUAAAAAAAUAGAAAAAUCCUUCAACCAACUCCUCUGAUCUCAUCUCUGUAAGUGUUCAUGUAAUUUUCUUGAUUGGGACAUUUUGUUUCUUUUAAUUAUCUUUCUGCUGUUAUAGAUUUAUAGGUUCAGAUUUAGGAACAUGGGGUAUUUGCAAUUUUUUUUUUUUUACUCCUCAUGUUUCUUUGGCUGUGUUGGGUUGAGUCGGAAGAAAGCCAAGCACCACAAUUGUACAAUGAAGUGCUUAUUGAAGACAAUAAAGUG